UUCUGGCUGUGCCAUCCCUCUCACACACCCUCUCAUUCUCCCACUCUCCCCCUCAUCUUGCCCACUCCCGUUCCCCCCCUGCCAUCCUCCACCUCUUCGAGACUCACCUCUACUGCUGUACUCUCUCUCUCGUAGAAGAAGAAGCUCGCCGCGCUACAGCAACACUACAGCGGUACCAUGACUUCCUCUUCUUGCACCAACAAGACGGCAGGCGUCGCUGCCCUGCGUCUCGCCACAGCAGCGCUCGCCGCCCUCGCCACCGGCACCAACGCCGCCAUGUAUGAGGUGUCCCCCGACGGCAAUCCCAUGACGCUCACGGCAGCCCUAGAGGUGGCCGGCGCCGGCGACAUCGUAUCUUUGGCAGACGGGACCUACCGCGAGCCGAUCGUGACGAUGAACGCCGGCGUGGAGGGCAAUCCUCUCGUGAUCACGGGCGGCAGAGGCGCCAUCAUCAACUACUUCAGCGGCGACAGGUCUCUGAUGUGGUCUCAGAAGGUCGUCGAUAUCCGCCACUCGUACGUCACUUUGGAGGGCUUCACCAUCGACGGCCAGUUGGAUGACGAGGACGUGGAGGAGAGCUACGUCGACAAGUGCAUCUUCGUCGAGGGCCAGGCAGCGCCCACCAUGUUGACCCACCAGGGGCAGGAGGUCGAGUCGGCCCUCAUCGGGACUGUCAUCGAUGGCCUCAAGAUCCAGAACUGCGGGAUGGAGUGCAUCCGCAUGAGGAACUUCGUGACCAACGCGGUGAUCCAGAACAACGACAUCGAGAACUGCGGCAUCUACGACUUCCGCUUUCAGUUCGACGGAAAGAUCGGCGAGGCCAUCUACAUCGGAACUUCCAGCAACCAAUGGGAAGAUGGCACGGGCGACAGGGUGACGAACGGCCCCGACGGAAGCAACUACAACCUGGUGACCGGAAACAAGCUCGUGCCCCGCGGUAACGAGUGCGUCGACAUCAAGGAAGGCGCAACCAUGAACGUCGUCGAGUACAACGAAUGCGAGGACCAGCGGGACGCGGAGUCCGGGUGCUACGACUCCCGCGGAAACGAGAACACAUUCAGGUACAACACUGCCGUCCAGUGCCUCGGUGCCGGUAUCCGCCUGGGAGGACACACUAUCGAUGGCUUCGUAUAUGGCGUCGACAACCACGUUUACGGCAACGAGUUUUUGGAAACCGAGGCCGGCUCUAUCAAGUCCCGUGUGGAACCGCAGGGCGUCAUCUGCGACAACUCCUGCGCAAACGGGGAGUGCGGCGUCAGCGAGGAAGGAGACGAAGAGAUCGAAGGCUCGUGGGACCAGGGGUGCCCGUCUAGCUUUCCUUCCGUACCUUUCAUCGACGACCUGGAGACUCCCGCCGCCCCGGCGCCUACGCCCGAAGUCGCCGCUUCCACCCCGUCUCCCACCCAAUCCCAGGAUGAGGUCGGCUCGACGAUGAGUGAAGCCAGCGAUGACGAAUCCGAGUCGACGAGUGUAGAGCCCACGUCGUCCUCCUCCUCCUCCUCCUCCUCCUCCUCCUCCCCCUCGACUACGACGUGCAACGGUGUGCUGUCGGGAAUGGGAUACUACUGCUGCGCCGCUUCGUGCGGGGAGUGCGGCGGCGAGGGCUGCAGCAAGCGCAGAGGAGGGGAGAACGGCUGCUGCACCAAGGCGAUCCAGUUCGGCGGAGUGAUGUGCGAGGAUACCGGCGGGCAGGCACCGUGCAUCUUGGACAUGUACCAGGGGUAAAAUGUGAAUCGAGUGCGUUGGAAUCAUCGGUGAAGAGGCCCCCAUCACGAAAAGUUAGGAUACCACACGAUCACGUCGACUGAAGAAGAGUAUUUUCCGGCGGUGAUGCGAGUGUAUCUGCAGUACGCGGAGUAGGCACAAGUGCUGGUCCUCUGCACCAAGUGCGUACUUUGGUCUUGAUCUAGUGGUGCAAUUUUAUCGUCGUCGCUGGGGGGUACGUGUUGCCAUCUAUCGUGGACGACGAGAAUAUCGUAACUUUUCGGCGUCGAGGAGUGGGCUAGAUCUUUUGGUGUUUUUUCAUGGGUGGUUGUUUUGUGCAUUUUCCGUCGGACGGUGGUGCCGAUUGGGGAUGUUGCUUGGAUAUGAUGAUAUGAUGACGUUUUGGUGUGCAGUUGGUCUUUUUCCCUCAAGUGUUCGCGGUGUGUGAAUCAUGAGUUUAUGGCCUCAUCAUAUGCAAGACCGUUUGAGCCCGCCCCCUCUUUCCGUACAGCGCAACGUUGGUGUUGUGUUUCACAGUGAAACCAGUUUUUAAGUUUUCGUUUCCCGCGGUUUUGAAGAGGCUGUGAGGCCAGCUUCCAGCUUCACACGAACUCGCGAUACGAGCAACAGCAGCAGCGAACACCUGUUUUAAGGGCGGUAGUAUUGAUCUAUGCGGGUCGGUGUGUGUGCGUGCGUGAAUCCGUGGUGACUACAUAUGUGCCAUGAAUCCGUGGUGAUUUGAUGCGAGCGAUGUGGAAUAGAAUUGAAACUCGAAACUUGUACAUCGAUCGGUGCUUUGACGUGUUUUGUGGUUUGUCGUGUCGUGUAGUUGGAUGUUUUGGUUACCAUUUCUUGUGUUUUCAAGUAGACUGGACGAACUUUUAGAAGUAAUAUAUUCGUCUUGGUACAUACUACCUGGAUUCCUCUCGCGGCUGGCUCUUGUAUUUUGUGGUCUCCUAUACGAACAGCAGCAACUAUACAACAGUAUUAGAAGUAGAAGUUUAGUUUUAGGAAUUAUAUAUUAAUAUAUCUGCUUUUGCUUGCGUGCGAUUGUUGUUGGUGCAUCGUACUACGUUUUACCGCCAGCAGCAGCACGAUUUAGGCGUUACCCCGUAUCCGGGUUCUCAAAAACCAAAAGGAGUCGCUACCGGGGGUAGGGUUGUAGAGUAGCGACGAUUGAUUGGUGUUCAAAGAAGGCGGAAAAAUAGGUGUUUUGGUCCUCCUCUCGGAUGAGUUAUUGUGAGAGGGGAUUGAUUACCAGCUCAGUGCUGUGCAAUCUGGAAGAAAGAAGACCCUUGAUGAACUCAUUGAAAAC